AUGACUGAAGCUACAACACAUCCCACCGCCCUCUUUCUCUCUUCUGAUGGCGAGAUAACCCCCAUCGCCGCUCCCUUCCCCGUCGCAGCCUCUCUCCCUUUAGCCCCCCAGACUCAUGUCCCUAUCAAAGUCACUCACUCCGCUAUCCAACCUGCGGACAAAAAGCACUUCAAUCUCGGCUUUCACUCUUCCAUCACCGGCUUUGACUAUGCUGGCAUUGAUCUUACAACCAACACUCCUGUCUUGGGGUUGACCUGGCCAGGCCCACACCGCCCGCUUCAUGCUGGGGCUCAUCAACCCUACAUUCUUGCCCGGUCGGAUCUAAUUUGGACGCGGCCUGAAGGCCUCAGUGCGGAAGCGGCAGCAGGCCUCCCUACUGCUCUGUUGACUGCUGCUGAUGCAUUUGUCAAUAUUUUCGGGGUUGGUUUCGCAAGUGCUGGGAUUGAACAACUGCCCUCAGGGACCCAUUCUCAAGGAAAAGGAGCCCUCAUCUGGGGCGGUGCUAGCGCGGUUGGGUGGGCAGCCAUUCAAGUGGCCAGAGAGAUAGGCGUCGAGUUCAUCUUUGUUGUGGCCUCGACCAAGAAUCAUGACCUGCUUAGGGGCAUCGGGGCAACGCAUGUAUUUGACUAUACGCACCCAGAGGAAACCACCAAGGAGAUCAAACGGACGCUCCAGAGCCUCGAUGUAACGCUGACAGCGGUGUUUGAUGCCGUUGGUGCUGGGUUGGAAGAUGCGGGGUCAACGUACGAGAAUAGCAGUUGCUACUGGGGAAAGCAAUGUCUCUCUGGUGAUCAAGAGCGAGAUGCUUUGGCGUGCGCUCGCCCAGUCCCCAGAGAGUGGGAUUCGGAUUGGGAGUUUGCCAUCUUUUCGCGCAAAUGGGGUGCCUUGCCAAAACAAUCUCCAGAGUGGACAUGGAGCCGGCAGGACAAAGUUAUGAGAUGGUUUCUGGAGAAUCACGCCGCAGCCUGGAAGCCGAUGCCGACAAGAGUGGUGCGGUCAAAGGAGGACGCUGUCGUCGCAAUCAACUCGUCAGCGGAGGGCAGGAUCAGCUGCGAAAAGGUGGUGAUACGUCAUCCUAUUCUCUAA